CUUUCUCCCGCAGAGUGGUAGGUGGGUUCAAACCACCGACCUUUUGGUUAGCAGCCGAGUGCUUAGCCACUGCACCACCAGGGCUCCUUCUCCAAGUGUAGUAAAGAUUAAUUUUUUCCUAACUUAGAGGUUGCAAACUGGUGAUCUUUGGACUAAAUCUAGGCCACAAAUAUAUUUUUUUGGCCAGUUCAGUGAUCUUAAACAAUUAGAAUAUUUAUAUAAACUCUGGAUUUAGGCUUAUGAUGAUGAAUCAGAGGAUCUGAUACCACUGAGUACAGCAUUCUGUGUGAUAACUGUUGGCCAACUAAGUAGCAUUGAGGAGAGAAUCAGGUACUAGUUUUUCUGCCUCAAUGUCCGUGGUCUUUGCCAAGAGAGGUAAGACCACAUUCUGCAUGGACUGUGCUGGUUGAGGAGCAGCCCAAAAUAGCUGGAGAAGUGUGAGAAAAGGAGACGCUGAAGCAUGGCAGUGUUUCAUUUGGAAACAUCUCAUAUAUAUUAAAUAUGAUGUAUUCCACAUAACUGAAUUUUCCAAAUUAUUGAAGCAAUCACCUUUCUGGUGCUUUAGGUAGAAAGCUUUUUUAAAUGCUUACACAUAAGCCUUUUUUAUUGCUUCAUGGUGCUUUUCAUGAAUGAAAAUUAUUGUACUCUGGGUAGUAUAAUACAUCAAGCAGGGGUUGGAUUAAGAUUACCUCCAGAUUCCUUAGAAAUGACUAGUAUGCUCAAUUUAUGGUUGAUUUUGUCUUUAUUUCAGCUGAAAAUGUCUUUCUAGUAUACUACAGAGUAAAGUGUAUUAGGCUUUGUGACAUUUCUGCGACUUAAGGAUUUUUUUGUUUCCUAGUUUAGAAAUACAUUCUGGAUGGUUGAGGUUGGGAAUAAUCUGACCUCAGUUAAGUAUUUGAUUACCAUGUCCUUUUUAGGGUAUGGAAUUGUCCCCAAUAUUUUUUUCUUUUACACAUAUAUCAUUUCCGUUGAAAAAUAGGUUUUACUCGUUUUUGUUGAUUGUUAUUAAUAUUGUGAUAAUUGCAGAUAGACUGCGUUUUAGAUAUUUUUCUAUGUACUUUUGAGACAUUCAUCAAAUAAUACAUAGAUACAUAAAAAUAAUUACUCCAAAAGUGAUAUUAAAUGACUUCUCAGCAUCCAUUGUUUUUAAAUCAGACUAGGCUAAACUGGGGAAUAAUGGAGCUUGAAGAAUACAAAUAUCUUUGAUGGCCAUUGUUGUUAUUGUUGUUAGCUGCUGCUGAGUCCACCCCUGACUCUUAGUGACCCCAUACAUCAGGGAAUGAAACACUACCUGGUUCUGAUCUGUCUUCGUGAUCGGUAGUGAAUCAGACCAUUGUGAUCCAUAGGGUUUCAUUGGCUGAUUUUUGGAAGUAGAUCGCCAAGCCUUUCUUCUUAGUCUGUCUUAGUCUGGAAGCUCUGCUGAAACCUGUUCAGCAUGACAGCAACACAUAAGCUACCGCUGACAGAUCAGUGGUGGCUGCACAUGAGGUGCGUUGGCCAGGAGUUGAACCCUGUUCUCCUGCAUGGGACAUGAGAAUUCUACCAGUGAACCACCAGUGCCCUUGUUGAUGGCCUUUACUAGUUGGUAAAUGCUUACACAAAUGAAUGUUUAUAUUUUUCCAAAUUGUUUUUAGACUGACAAAGAUCUUUUUUGAGUAAGACAGCAUCUGUAAUAUCAGGCUUAAGUAGUGCUAGUUGUAAACAGUUACAAAAAAUUGGUGGGGAAGAUUAGGAAUAGAGUCUUCAUGUAAAGAAAAUUUCGGUUCUCAUGUGAAAUGCUGUGCUGUCUGUAGCAUCUGUACUUUGGAAUUGAUGCAAGUAAUGUUAGUCAUGUCACCCAGUCUGGAGGUGUACCCAAGUGUUUGUCUGCAGACUCCCACCAUGUAAAUCAAAGUGGAGGCACAAAGCAAGGCAUUACCUGUAGACAAGUAGUCAUUAGGGGUGAGGAGUUAGGGAAGGGGAGAGUAAAAAAAAAAUGACUAUGCGUGAUAAACUGAAUUUAUCCUUUGAGUCUUAGAAAAGAUAUACUUUUUAGUACUUUUGUAGUAGGAGAAAAUUUUAUGACAGAGCAGUGAUAUUUGCUAUAAUUCUGAAGCAAAAUAUUUAUUUACACAAAGCACUAAACUCCUUGCUCCUAAUAACUUAUUAUUGGGGUUUUUUUUCCUAGGAGACAGCCUAACGAUGGGCCUGGCAAUUGACAGAAAGGAAUAGAAUGGUUAGUUUGUCCCAAAGCACAAGGAGGUUCAGCAACAUCAGAUGACCAUGAAUUUGAUCCAUCAGCUGACAUGCUGGUUCAUGAUUUUGAUGAUGAACGAACAUUAGAAGAGGAAGAAAUGAUGGAAGGAGAAACAAACUUCAGUUCUGAAAUAGAGGAUCUUGCAAGGGAAGGCGACAUGCCAAUUCAUGAACUUCUCAGCCUUUAUGGUUAUGAUAGUACUGUUCGACUACCUGAAGAAGAUGAGGAGGAGGAGGAAGAGGAGGAAGAAGUCGAAGAUGAUGAAGAUGCUGAUAAUGAUGACAAUAGUGGCUGUAGUGGGGAAAAUAAAGAAGAGAAUAUAAAGGAUUCAUCAGGUCAGGAGGAUGAAACUCAGUCUUCCAAUGAUGAUCCCUCACAAGCUGUUGCUUCUCAAGAUGCCCAGGAAAUAAUCCGCCCACGUCGAUGUAAAUAUUUUGAUACAAAUAGUGAAAUAGAAGAAGAAUCUGAAGAAGAUGAAGAUUAUAUUCCAUCAGAAGACUGGAAAAAGGAGAUUAUGGUGGGCUCCAUGUUUCAAGCAGAGAUUCCAGUUGGCAUUUGUAGAUACAAAGAAAAUGAAAAAGUAUAUGAAAAUGAUGAUCAGCUCCUGUGGGACCCUGAGUAUUUACCAGAAGAUAAAGUGAUUGCAUUUCUUAAGGAUGCAUCUAGAAGAACAGGUGAUGAGAAAGGUGUAGAAGCAAUUCCUGAAGGAUCUCAUAUAAAAGACAAUGAACAGGCUUUAUAUGAAUUAGUUAAAUGCAAUUUUGAUACAGAAGAAGCAUUGAGAAGAUUACGGUUUAAUGUAAAAGCAGCUAGAGAGGAAUUAUCUGUUUGGACAGAGGAAGAGUGUAGAAAUUUUGAACAAGGGUUGAAGGCCUAUGGAAAGGAUUUUCAUUUGAUCCAGGCUAAUAAAGUCCGAACAAGGUCAGUUGGUGAAUGUGUAGCAUUCUAUUACAUGUGGAAAAAAUCUGAACGUUACGAUUUCUUUGCUCAGCAAACGCGAUUUGGAAAAAAGAAAUACAAUCUUCAUCCUGGUGUAACGGAUUACAUGGAUCGUCUUCUAGAUGAAAGUGAAAGUGCUGCUUCUAGUCGUGCACCAUCCCCUCCCCCAACUGCCUCAAAUAGUAGUAACAGCCAGUCCGAGAAAGAAGAUGGCACUGUAAGCAAUAGUAAUCAAAAUGGAGUGUCAUCUAAUGGACCAGGUGAAAUAUUAAGCAAAGAAGACGUAAAAGUUGAAGGAUUACAUGUUAAUGGACCUACCGGUGGAAAUAAAAAACCACUUCAUGCAGAUACGGAUACUAAUGGUUAUGAAACAGAUAACCUUACCACUGACCCAAAACUUGCCCAUAUGACUGCAAGAAAUGAAAAUGAUUUAGAUGAAAAAAGUGAGAGACCUGCUAAAAGGCGAAGGGUAAACAGCAAUGGAAAAGAAAGUCCAGGUUCUUCUGAAUUUUUCCAAGAAGCAAUCUCACAUGGAAAAUUUGAGGAACUUGAUAACAUAGAUGACUAAAAUUUAGACCCAUUUUACUUUCUUUGGAGUAAAUCUUGGUGUGACUGAAAUUUUCAGGGUUGAUGGGUUACCUUAAAAGUUAAUUUCCUGAAGCAGUUGUUUAAAAUUUGAAAAUUUGAGUUAAGCCUAACUUUAGGAAAUAAGAUUUUAUAAUUCUGUCCUUUGCAGAUUUUUUACUUUAAAACUGUCAAAGACCCUUUAAGUAUAUAACAAGUAUUUUAGUAAAUUUGAAUGAACUAAAAUGUAUAGGUACCUUUGCAUUUGAUGUAUUAAUCAUAUUAUAAAAUUUCAUUGCAAGGUACUUUUUGCUUGGUUUGAUGAAGGAAAAAAAAAAGAAAACACCUGUUUUUCUGAGUUUCUUGAAAUGUCUUAUCUUUAUGACAGACACUUUUUCUCUCCAUACAAAUUGAGUGUUGUCAUUAAGGAAACCCUUAUGAAUCCUGAAAGUUAUGCUAGCAUGAUUUUUUUAUAUAUAGAAGUUUAAAAAUAAACCAAGUCAGGUUUGUAUAUGUAAAAUUGUUGACAUCAAUGAUGUCUUUCCAUAUUCUUAUCUGGGCUUAAGAAAUACAUUCUGUAUUUUUCCAGAUUCUUUGUAGCCUUUGAAAGAUUUUUACAGUACCUAUGUCUUGACUGAGCUGUCCUUUCUUAAUACAAAAGCUUGUAUAAUUUUCUUAACUUGUACAGUUGGUCAACUUUUAUGAGAGGAAUUGAUAUUCUAAGUCUGUCAGCUUUCAUUUUAUUUUGCUAAGGUUUUUCUAAUGAAUUUUUAAGUGUUUGUGUAGUAACUAAGUCAUGUUUCUUAUCCAGGUGGUAAAAGCAUUCAUAAAAGAUUGUGAAAAUUUGUUUUUUCAGAUUUCUACUUAAGGAAAAAUAGUUUGAGAAUUCUGAAAUUAAGCAUGAUACUUCUAUUGCAGAGUUUGUUUUGCAUUUGCUAUAAUUUUCAAAGUUAUUUUUGAAACAAGACAAAAGUUUAAUGCCAGCUUAAGUGUUUAGUUGUAUCAUGCUGAGCAGAAUUCUGUUCAGUUAUUUUUAUAUACAUUAUAAAAUUUCCCAUUUUUGCAUUAAAUAAACAGAGGGGAAAAGGUCAAGUAGGUGAUACUUAGAUAUUGGCGCACACAAGGAGUAACCGUCGGCAAGCAACAAUAUUGAUUUUAUGUGGAGAAAGUGAUGAAGUUAGAAAAGUUUUCAAACUUUUCCAGUUACAGUCCUGUUUUUCAGAAUUGAUGAUGUAUUUCCAAAAUGAAAAUCUAAAGUCUUUAUAAAUGCAGAUUUAAAAUAAUUACAAGUUACACAGCAGCCACUGCUCUGUGUGAUUACAAACAGGAUUAUCUAUUAGUGUAGCCUUGCAAGAGUGCUGUUUUAUUUUUAGUGCGAAAUUCUUGUUAAAAAAUGUAGUUUUAUACAGCUGAUAGACUAACCUAUAC